UGUGUGUGUGUGUGUGUGUAGAAACAGCAUGUGUAUUCUGUCAGCCGAGCAGGAUAAAGACAUGUCAGAAAAAAGAACAGAGAGGAAAGAGCUUCAGCUUCAGAGAGUGUGUGUGUGUUAGCUCACACACACACUAACUGAAUCAUGUCCUCAACACACACACACACACACACACACACACACACACUAAGAUGCACAUGAACGAAACAGAAGAGGAAGUGAUACAUCUGCUCCAAACGAACUGAGGACACACGUUUUUUUUUUCUCUUUUCUCUCUGUUUUUUCUCUUAUUUCUUUCUUUCCUUCUUUUUUCUCUCUUUUUCAUUCAUUCUUUCUUUCUCUCUUUCCUUCUUUCUUUCUUUCUUUCUUUUUCUCUUUGUUUCUCUCUUAAUUUAUUUUUAUAUUUAUUUCCUUUUCUUUCUUUUUUCUCUCUUUCUGUCUUUCUUUCUUACUUCUUUCUGUCUAUCUUUCUUUAUUUCAUACUUUCUUUCUUCUUUCUUUCCCUUUCCCUUCUUUUCUUCCUCUCUUCUUUCUCUCUCUCUCUCUCCCUCGUUUAUUCACCUCUGAUCAGUCUCUCAUGUUCAAAUAUAAUUAUCGUAAGUCUGACUUUACAUGAACUUGUAUCCGCUUGCCUUUUUGUACACACACACAUUGUCCCUCACACUUUCACACACUCUUUGACACACACACACCCACUCUUUCACACCAGCACACACACACACACACACACACACACACACACACACAGAAAUGUGAUAGCUCUGGGUGAUAAAAGAUUUGGCGGCAGAUAAAAAGAGAAAGGGAGUGUUCUUCUCUUCCUCUGUUCUUCCUCUUUGACGGUGCAGCUUAACCGACUUUAGGGCGGUGUAUGUGUGUGUCAGUGUGUGUGUGAAAGAGUGUGUGUGCAUCCAUCAGCAGCACUACAGUCGGCUCCCUCACUUAAACACACCUCUACAGAGAAACAAAAUUAAAGUCAGAGUAAAAUCAUUUUUAACAACAAAACUGGUUUCAUGUUUUCAUCCUGAAUUUCAGCUCCAGUGUUUGAGAGGAUGAGAGCUUGCUGCUGAGGAGUCACUCUUACUUGUCAUCAUUGUUUGCUCUAAAGUGACAGAAAAAGUCUGCGGAGUCGCCCUUUAAAGCCUAAUAUGUCAUACGGAUAGAGUCGGGCAGCUGUUUGUCGUCUUCUUCUCUGUGAUCUCUAAAGGAAACUCACAUUUAAGGAAGUGAUGGCAUCAGGGUCAAGUUCAAGUGUUUGAGCCGUGAAAUCACAGGCGUAAAUCCAUCGCUCAUUUAAAGAUCUGAUGUGUUUCCAUGGAGAUAACACGACAACAACACAAUAUUGUAAGUUUUUGUUUUAUCGCCCAGCCCUACUCUGCCUAAAAUAGGGUGACCAUACGUCCUCUUUUACCCGGACAUGUCCUCUAUUCUGGGGGCUGUCCGGCUUUGUCCGGAGAGAGUUUAUAAAAUCCUCAAAUGUUUUGAUUUUGAGUCACGUGGAGUUAGUGAGUUAGACGCCCAUAAAAGACACUCGAUCUGACCCAAAAAACUAUCAAAAUUAACCUUGUGUAGUCUUGUCUCUUUUUGCGUCUUUAUCUAAUCGUUAAAAUUUGUUGUAAUAGUUUUCAUCUCAGGGGAAAACCAAAACUUUUAGCAGUUUUCUUUGCAACUUUCCCUAAAUUUGUCUGAUAUUUUCCUCCUUUUUUGCAGUGACCUUCUUUCAUAAAGCUUUAUCUCACUGAAGAUAUAUUCUCACUUCACCUCUAUGAGUGGAUUUCUCUUCUGAUUUGUUCUGGUUUGUGAUUGUUUUUUGGUUCGCCCCUCCCCCGGUGACCACAGAAGCGGCACACCUGUGUGUCACCGAUCAUGGAGCACCUGCUGAGCACAGCUGAAGCAGAUCAGCAGUCAGGAGGUUAUAAAGGCGGGGAGCUGGCAGCAGGAGGGGUUUGCCAAAAUGUCACUGUUCUUCGUCCUGAGAAGACGUCCCCUGUUAAAAUUAUUUGUCUUCUCCUCUCAGUCCGAGUGACUUUGGUGAAGUUUUGAACUCACCUGUUUGUUUGUUUGUAAAUCUGCUUCUGGUUCCACGACUUCCCCUCAUGUCACUCAUGUCUUUCACAAAUAAACCGUGUCACUGCCCACACCAGCCGCACUGGCACGCUUUGGUGCGUUGGCAUUCAAACCCAGACACACUAACACACUCUCUCACACACUCUCACACACACACGGACACACAGGCAGACUCAGACAGCUGCAGGGGAACAUUAGCUUAGCUGCGCUCGACUCCUAACUGCUGGUGUUUUCGAGUUUGCGGCUCUGAAUCGGCUUCUUCUCCUCUCAUGUUUGUGCUUUAUGUCGACACACGUGCUCUGAGGUACAGUCUGUGCACACAGCGACUGUCUGUUUCAGGCCCAUACGUCCUGAGUUAUAAAUAGACUCUUUGAUAUUAUCUCUGGAUUAUAUCUUCUCAGUCCACGAUGUGCAAAGCUCUAAACAGAUUAAACACGAACAGGAGGCGAAGUUUCAAACAUAAAAAAAAAAAGACGGGUGUGAGUGCGACGCAGAAAAAAAAAAGCCCCACAAAUCAGGCACUCUUGUUGCCACAGAGGCCAGAGUUGUGAAAACUGUGUGUACAUGUGAUCGUCCUUGUGUGUGUUUGUGUGCGAUCACAGCUUUAUCACAUGAUGCAUCACAUUGCCUGAUCUGUCUUCAUACCCGCUCUCUCUUACUUCCUCUAUUCGGCCACUGCCUCCCCCUCUCUCUCUCUCUUCACCUUUAACACUUUCUGCUCUCCGUGGUUUUCUAUCAGUUGAUAUUUUUGACGACAGGUUUUCGUCGGUAUCAUCCAUUCAGGAAUCUGGUUCUGGAUGAGCUGCACGAUCUUCGCCAAAGAUAAAAUCCUGUUGUUUUUUUCUCUGAGAACUCGAUUCUUGAUUUUUAACUCAGUGACAAAUUCACCAAACUUCACUUUAUUAAAAAGUUUUUCUAUCGUCUCUCAAAAGGAAACCACAGAAAACAAUGUAGUGCAUAUGCCAUGACAGUAAGUGGCGCUGUAACGCUGCUGAGGAAAUGCACAAAAGACAAAAGAAGAGUACAGAGCAUGAGUAUAAAGGUUGUUUUGGCGACAUAAAAGAGUUACACCGCGUGUCACAUGAUCGUUUACAGAGAUACAGAUAGACAUCCACACGGAGAUGAAAUGGUCGUUGUCACUCUCUGACCCUUUUUCAAAAAGUACCAUGGAUAAAACGCCAAUACGACAAAAAAAUUGGCGUUUACCGUAUUUCUUGCACUAUAAGGCGCACUUAAAAUCCUUUUGGCUUGUCGGCGUGCUGCAGCUAUUGUUAUUGUAUGAGUUAAAUACAGUUUGACUUAUCGGACUGUUUUGUUUGGUUUAAUGCGCUUUAUAAUCUGGUGCGCCUUAUGUAUGAAAAUAGGCGCCAAAAGAGGCGUUCAUUGACGGUGCGCCUUAUAGUGUGAAAAAUAAGGUACUCCUAAAUUCGUUUCUUUGUGGACGGGUUGAUACCGCCUUCAGACAGACUUUGCGGCCAAUUCCACACGACUGACUUUCUCUUGUCCUAUUUAACCACGAAAUUAUCGCCUUCUUUUUCGAACGCCUUGUUUGUUUACACUGGGGAGCGUUCCCUUUUCCCAGAGAGGAAAAUUGAUUUAAUGAUUUUAAUCGUUUUUAACAUGGUUAUAGUCGAAUAAUCUGAUUACGGUUUAAAAUUCAUCAAUCGUACAGUGUUAGUGUUAGUUCAGGCAGGCUGUCUCAUAUCUUCUUUUUUCACUCCUCCUGUUUGAACUUCUUAGAAUAUGAACUUAACUAUCAUGUCAGAUUCAUUGGCAGCAUGUCUUAAUCCGAGUGUCAAACUGCUGAGUCGACACUUUUAUGUUCUUAGAAGUAAAUAAAAUAAAAUUUUUAUCAUCUCCAAACAAAACCAUCACAGGCAGGAUAAUAUUUGCAUUAUUUGACUGGAGCUCCUUCGCUGUGAACUCGCCAUCAAUCACCCUGACAGACAAACAGGCUCUGUGUCGUAUUUUCAAACACCACCACACGCACACACGAGCGUCUUAUUAACCGCACUACCUCUGUAUGAUGACAGUAAACACAGCGCCGCGAUCACGUGAAGACAAUUUUUAGCCUCUCGUCCAACACUGUCGCUGCUGUGAGUUUCUCUGUGUGUCGUUUCCAGGAGGAGAAGGAAACUCGUGUUCAUGUCUUUGUGUUUGAUAAAGAAGAAUCGAGUUUCUUUAAGAGAUCUGACUGUUCUGGUUUUACUGAGAAGUCUGAGCUUCUCCUCGUAUAAAGACAGACUGAUACUUGUAUUAAUGCCUACUCAUGACUUCACAUAUGCUCCUAGGUUGUAAAAAUAAGGAGCCCACUAAGAACUUUAGAGGCACAAUGAAAGUUGAAAUAAUGUUUGUCUUAUCGUCCGACCUUAGUACUUUUAUUUGAAAUCAAUUUUAGGUCUUUUGGUCACAUGACAUGGAAGCUAUUGAAGGAAAUGUUCAAAAUUUGCCUUUAAAUUUAACACAAAAAAAAAUGUUAGGAGGACAAAUGAGUGAAUUAAAGAGGUGUGUCUUAUUGUCCGAACUUGUACGAUUAUUAGAAAUCAAUUUUAGGUCUUUUGGUCACAUGACAUUAAAGGAAAACAGCCUUUUCUGAGAACAUCAACCAGUAAUUUAUUGACGGCCCCUUAUUCAACACCCGAUUUUUACCGCAGUGUUGUCAUUAUUCCUGGUAAUAGAGAGCGAGAAGACACCAGUAGAUCGGCAGUGAAUGUCCAUCAGAUAUCCAACCUAAAACUAACUUCACCGCCGUAUUUACAGGAAAAAAAACCCAAAACAUUUGUUGUAGGGAUGUUCCCAGCGGUUAAAUUCACUGAGGUUUAAACGACCAUUUUGAAACUGAAUAUUGGAAUACACAAAAGUUAAUUAACUCCCAGAAAAAAGCCCAAAUCGAGCAAAUCUCGAUCUAUAUGGAGAGAUAUCAUCUGAAAUAAAUAUUAAGAGUACAUGAAAGCCAUGCUUUUAAAAAAUAAGCUUUUUUUCGCUUUUUUCUUUCUUUUUUUUUUUUUUAUAGAAUAAACGAUUAUUAUUUACUAAGCGGAUAGUAAGGACGGCCACGUUUACACGAAUAUCCGAAUAACUGCGCUCAUCCCUAAUUUGUUGCCUCAGCUGAUUUUUUUGUAAGCGCACACGUGACCCUAAAUACAUUUUAUUAUUCGCACACAUCUAUUUUUAGUCGCACUGUUGAGCCCUGAGAGGUCAAAAUUAGCAAAGAAGAAUUUGUCCAUAGGGGGCGCCAAAAAUGACACAAACUUAUUCCAUCAUACCAUUAAUUUAAUUCUCUCUCUUUCUUCGUAGUACACAGGUCCGAUCCCGGCCGAGCGAGGGGGCGAGGUGGCCAUGGGGGGAGGUCGCAGCGAGACCUCAGCACUGAGCGGAGGAGGAGGAGGGGGAGGGGGGCGGGGCAUGACGACCACUACUCAGAAUUCCCAACGGCCGAACGCCUGCUGCUUCUGCUGGUGCUGCUGCUGCAGCUGCUCCUGGUAGGAGAACACACACACACACACACACACACACACACUCAGACACCAGCAUACACUCCUAAUGAAAGCAAACACACACUCGCCGAGCAGAUCUGCGCUGUAAAAAAGACGACACACACGGCGUUCUCCUUAUCUUCGUCCUCAUUCAUCUUCUCGUAUGACUGCGGGUCGUAAUGUGCCAUCCUUUAUUUAAGGACGAAAUGAGAACGUGUGUGAGUGUGUGAGUGUGUGAGUGUGUGUGUGUGUGUGUGAGCUUCCUGAAAUCUGCCGCACACACAGAGGAGUACAGUAGACGGAGCUGCUCUCUCUCUCUCUCUCUCUCUCUCUCUCAGUCUGCAGACAGUAGCCUCGCUGGGACGGGGUCAGUACGGUCCCCACAGGAGGACUCAGUAUUUAUAGCCCUCUCUUUUUUCGUUACACACGUGCAUUUAACACACACACACACACACACACACACACACACACACACACAGACUCAGAGACACCUGUAGCCGCUGCUCUAAUCUGUAAUCAUAGCUGUGGUUAGAGUCGCCUUUAAACGGGGUAGUAACAUCAUUGUGGGUGAUUAAAUGUGUUUUUAUGGUUCUGACAGUAAUUACUAUCCUAUAAGCUGUGGUUAAGUGUGUGUGAGUGUGAGUGUGUGUGUGUGAGAGAGUGUGUGUGUGUGAGUGUUUCCUGUCUGAAAGCCGCCUUAUCAUGUCAGUCUCACCGUCAGGAAUGAAGAGGAGAGGCGGCGGCGGAGCAGGAGGAAGAGAAUAUCACAGGACACCAAGAUGGAAACCAUACCAAACUGUGAAGCUUGGUGAGACACACACACACACACACACACACACACACACACACACACACACACACAGUUCACACUGAAACAUGUGGAAUACUGCUAUUACAGCUACUCUAACCCCCAAUUUUCACCGCCAUCGAUUUUUGCCAUCCGCAAAUUCCUACCGGAUCCAUUUAUGAGGCGAAUUUAGAAAUGGAUAAGGGACAGCAAGAAGUCCCAAGAACCCGCGGAUUCACGUUCAAUCGCGCGAUAACUAGUUGUCUCUCUAAAGACAGACACAUAGACAUAUAAACAGUAGAUUGUGUCCUUCCAGAGGAGGAAAUCUACUUCUAGACUUCUAGAAUCAGCAUCUCCUCAUUUAUGGUGUCAUCGGGGUGAAAUGACGUCUAAAAACCUUUCACUUGUUCAUCUCCGCCUCCUUUCCAGCACGGGUUAAUCUGUGCUGAAUUUAUCCGGCGUGCUCUGGCGUCCAGAAAAAAUAGAAACAGUGAUCCACAGCGGAACGGAAAGAAGCCGGUGGAAAUUGACACGUUAACUUGAAUGGUUACGAUCAGCUGUGAUCGGUGGAAACGGCCUUUUCGUAGCCGUUCAGGAUGCCGUUGAAAUUGGGGGUUAGAGCUUUGGAUCAGCAACAAUAAGAGGGUUUACUUUGACCACAGGGGGCGCCAAAGUCGACACAGGAGCUUACUUUAACUUUAAAGAAGUGAAUGUACUAAAACAGAAACUAAACUGCCUCAAACUCCUCCUCCCUCAGCACCAAACCCUCCGUGGAGGAGAUGCGCCUGUGGUCCCAAUCCUUCGACAAGCUGAUGAAAAACCCGGCGGGUCGAAACGUUUUCCGGGAGUUUCUAAGGACUGAGUACAGCGAGGAGAACAUGCUGUUCUGGCUCGCCUGUGAAGACCUCAAACAGGAAAUUAACAAGAACUCCGUCGAGGAGAAAGCACGCGUCAUCUACGAGGACUACAUCUCCAUACUGUCGCCGAAAGAGGUAGGAGAGCCGCCGUCACACCUCCGGUCGGAGGGAGCAGCUCACCUGUGACCGCCUCCAAAUUCAGAGCUGAGGGGGUCACAGUCUGAAGAAGUUCUCUCUCUCUCUCUCCUGUAUUUUUGAAGGCUUGUGUAAUUGUUUAAAUUCGGAGAGAUUACUGCGAGAUAAUCACUUCAGGAUGUCGAAGCAGCGGGCAAACGUUGCUCAAUGUCUGCUCUUGUGUUUCAGAAUGGAGAUGAUUUUAAUUAAGGGAACUCAAAAGUGUUGUAAACGGUCUCCAAGCUUUAAUCUUCUUGUACCUCCAACAUUUUGAUUUACAGAACGACGUCUUAAAAGCUUUUAACUUGAAAUGCACUACAAUAACAGUCCUGGCAUUGAGAGUUUGGUCGUAAAUCUUUAAACCCUGGGCUUAAAUUUCUGCUUUUUAAGAGACGACUGAUUGAUGCCAUGCUGUGAAAGUUUCCCACACUAAGGAAGGACAGCCGUGCGAACGAAGAGGGAAAAUCUCUGCAGGGACUGUCCUGAAGUUUACCCUCUUCUUGUACGUUCAAACAUUCACUUUAACAGGACAAACGUCAUCUUAUCUGGACUUCAUGAAAUCACAAUCAGGGAUUAAAAACACGAGUGAAAUCCUAACGUCAUAAAUCCUCAUUUCAGGGUUAGAGGUCGUAGUUAAAAAAUGACAGAAGACUAUUGCUAUGUUCUAGUUACCUCGGAAGUCGGAUGUCGGAGUUGGGAAUGACGUUAAACCCGAGUUGACGGCGUUCUAGUAAACAAGUACCCGUUGUUAUUUGUUGUUUAUAAUUGUCAGCUGUUGUUAGCUGUUAGCGAUACCAGGGGCCUGUUCUACGAAGCAGGAUUACUGCUUAGCGAGGUAACUUCCAGGGUAAGUUCAGGGUUUCCUGUUCUAUGACGUGGGAACACUUCUUAGCGAGGCGAGUCUCCAUGGCAACGUACGCUGAACAGCUCACCUGCUCCGGGGCAGGUUAAGUACAUGCGUGCAUGCGCUCAUAGCAAAGCUGGAUCCGCUCACAAGGUUGAUAACAAGCGUCGUAAGACCGUUUAGCUCCAAGGCUACCUCGCUCGGUUGAACUUGCUUCGUAGAACAGGCCCCAGUUCAGUCACGAUCACUUUGUCGAAGUUAAAUUUGGCGGCGUAGUUCUGUUCUGGGUCCCUGCCCUUCCACACGCUUGUGCGGAACUCAAGAGGCAGGAAGUGCCCCUUCUACUGUUACUCUUUACUGUCGAUGCACUUCGCUGCCAUCUUGAAUUAUGACGUUGUCGUCAAGUCAGGCUUGGCGAGGAUCGUCCCACUUUCCGAGUCGGAAACCUGACUUCAGGGGGGCGUUCGGAGCUUCGAAAUCCCGACUUCCGAGUACAACUGGAACGCAGCAUAACAAACCAGAACAAGUCAAUUUUUCAGAUCUGCAAAGACGGCUUCGUCCACUAGGGGCGCUAAAAAUGACACAAACAGAAAGUUUUCUUAUAAGAACAAUAAUAAUAAUACAUUUUAUUCAUGUGCUCUACAUCUGAGGAAACAGAUGUAACAGGAGCUUUAAGAGACGAACUCAUAAACUCGUCCACGAGUCCAAGACAAACUCUGGAAAUAGACACACACAGAUGACCCCUGACCCCUGACCCCUGAGGACCCUGCUUCAUCUCUUCACUGAUAUUCUCUCAAACUCUCUGAAGUUUCCGUUUUCCUGAACUGGAGCGCACGUUUUAUUAGUCAGCUGUCGCGCACGUGCUCGCCUCUCAACACACGACUCGACAAAUGAAAACCAAACCGCUGCAGCCCGUGAUUACUGCCGCCUCUAAACACACACACACACACACACACGCACACACACACACACACACACACACACACACACUCGACUUUAUUCACUUACUGCUAUUUUUAACCUUCUGUGUGUGUGUGUGUGUGUGUGUGUGUGUGUGUACUUAACAAGGGUUUCUUUAUUUUUCUUUAUUUAGACGGAGCGCUGGAAGCUCUGCUCGUAGGGCUUUAUCACUAGAGAGUGUGUGUGUGUGUGUCUGCAUGUACAGUUGUCUGCAUGUGCGUGUGUGUGCAUUAGUGUGUGUGUGAACAGGAAGCUAUAAAUUGCUGCUCUCAUCACCUUCUGGCGGUUAAAGACACACAAACACACACACAAUCGCACACACACAGAUAUCCAGACGUGUGAGUUUGGCAGAGGAUACAUGCCUGACUGUCUGUCUGCAUGUCUGACCUUGGUAACAUGCCUAUCAGUGUGUGUGUGUGUGUUUCCCAAAUAAGCGCAGAGGGAGCUCACUGUCGAAAGUUUUCUGCUCUAUAAAUACCUCUCGUUGUCAGUCUGCCGGGGCAGCUCUGAGUCUGCAGAGUUUUUUAUAGGAACCAGAACUAUUUCAGUCUUGAACCGAGUCACGAGUCCAGAUAUUUUCAUGAUUUUGUUUUUCAUUUUUUCUCUUCUGGAUGGAGGACAGACUCCUGAUCCACUUGAAUUAACCUCCUGAUCUCUACAGCUGUUGACAAAGGCUGCGUUCACACUGCAGGUUCUGAUGCACAAUUCGGACUUUUCGUUAAAUCCGAUCUUUUUGUGCGGUCGUUCACAUUACAACAACGAAUGCUAUAGUGACCCACAUGCUCACAAAGCACAAAUUACUUUCCGCGCCUGUUUGUGGUGUCGAGGAAUGAUGACGUUUGUCGCAUAUUGACGACGUAUAGGUCGGAUGAACGCGACCUGAGCGUCCACACUGCGGCCACAUCAGAUACAUAUCUGAUUUAUAUCCACAUACAAAAGAGGCCUGGGUCGGAUUAGAACCAAUCAGAAUUGACCUGUUCACACUUAGAUGAAAAAAUCAGAUCUGAGUCACAGAUGGUUAAAAAUCUGAAUUGACCUGAAGUGUGUUCUGACUUAUUUCCUCGUCCAUAAAUGAAUAAUCGAAUAAUAACAAACUUAAUGAAUCAGUGUUUCUAUUUCUGCUUCUUUUUCUUUAUUUUAGUUCAAAAAGCAGAAAAUAAAAACUGAUUCAAACUAAACUGUCAGUGAAAAUGUUGAGAAAUGUGAAUUCAGCCUGUUUUUUCAUUUUAAAGUUUGAUUCAUGUCCCAUCUGUUUACAUGGAGGAGGCGGAGCUUAUAAUCUAUACUGCUGCCAGUCAGCAGGGGGAGCUCCAACUGUUUUGGCUUCACUUUUAGAGAGCGGAGUGUGGUUUAUAUUUGACAGGAGUUAGUACCAGGGUGUUUCUGUAUGGUGCCCCCUACGGGACAAACUUUGUAAAAACAGCUUAAUUUUGUUCCUUAACUAAGAGACCGACACUGAUCGAUUUCUCUCCUUCAGGUGAGUCUGGACGCUCGGGUUCGAGAAGUGAUCAACAGGAAGAUGCAGGAUCCAUCGCCUCACACGUUCGAGGACGCCCAGCUACAGAUCUACACGCUGAUGCACAGGGACUCCUACCCACGGUUCCUCUCCUCCAACAUCUACAAGUCACUCCUUCACGGCAGCUCGCGUACCUCCUCUGAAUCCUAGUCCCUCACGGCCUCCCCUCCGCCCUCCUCCUCCUCCUCCUCCUCCUCCUCCUCCUUGGUUCAAACCUCUCAGAUCACUGCCAAGACUUUCUUUGUGUUCCCUCCUUUUCUCUCUGUUGCCAAGACCCCCUCUGCUCUCCGGUUUACUCCUUUUUUCCCUCUGUGGUUGAUUUGUCCUUCUUCAUCUUCUUCGGCUUUUCUGAGUCAUCCUUUUAUUAUUCUCUGUAAGGGGGCCUUCAAAAGCUGGACAGCGUACGAUUAGAAGUAAAGCUGCGUGGUAUGAAACUAGACCUGCUCGAUCAAACCACGAAACAUUAAAAAGAUCGUCUGUGUGUCUCAUCUGUAGCUAAAAAAACAUAAAAAUUAGAUUUUUCUCCCUAAAAAAUGUCAGAAAAUUAAAUUUACGAUGCAAAUCUAAAUCCCCAAACUUUACCGAAGAAUUUUCACCGGCCGAUAACUGAUUUGAAGUUUAUGAAAAAGCUCAUAUCAGACUCUCAAAGUUAGCUAAAUUACUAAAGCCUGGCGAUGUUUUUUUUCGUAGGAUGGUAGGAUGGUUCUUCGCCGUUCCAGUUGCGGUGGAAAUUUGGGGUUAGAUCGAUAAUUUGGUUCACAGCUGCAGAAAAAAGCUGAUUAAACCUCCAGGGUCCCUGAAAUCUGGUUCUUGGACUUUCGUCAGUAUUGAAAAACCACUUCAGUCAUUUUUGAUCUCCAGCUGUCCUCGUAUUCUGUCGAUCUUUGCACUCUUCCUCCUCCUCCUCCUCCUCCUCUCUGCUGUUUCCCACCCUCCCCCUCCCUCCAUCCUGAAGUAUUUUUGGAGAUCGUCAUCCACUGUGAAGUGGACGUGCACACAUGAUAACUUGGGAGAUUUUGAUGCAUUUCAACGGGAGGAAUUCACAUCAGUGCCAUGGAGUCGAACAGGACUCCCACCAGUUAGCCCCUCCCCCCUCAUAACCGUCCAAUCAGCUUCUAGAGUCGAUAAAAGGUGGACGUCGUUCAUGACUCCGGAUCACCUCAUCGCCUUGUUUUUCAUCAAACGGUUGCCUUGAACUCUGGACUGAUGGGAAAGCAGAAAGAAAAAACGACGUGGUCCCAUGACUCCGCUCUUCUUUUUUUUACGUCUUUGUUUUUAACUGGAAAACACAGGGUGCUCCCUCCAUCCCAACAACUCUUUCUACUCUUUAUUUAUCUCUGCUGGAUUCAUCAUUUCACUCCUCUGACAAACAAACAAACAAACGGAAAAACGGACGGACGCCGCUUCCUUCCAACUACUGAUUUACAAACAGACCAGACGUCUAUUUUUUAAGAGAAAACUAUAAAAACGUUGAUUUUUGUUUUUCUCUGUUUUUGUUUCGUUCGGUUUCUCCCGCUCCCUUUCCCAUUCCUGGAGGUUUUUUAUUUUGCAAGAAGAGGAGGAAACUUCUGAGACUGUACUGAUCUCCACCCAAACACAAACACACACACACACACACACACACACACACACACACACACAGGUGCAAUAAACACUGGAGUUUGGAAAAACAGCACACACACGUACACACAGAAUCAUGAUUUGUGUUCCUAUACUUAAGGGGAUCUUCUGUUUGUUGUAGGUCCUCAUAAGUAUAGACAUACAAAUGAAACACACAGAUUCACUCACUCACUCACUCACUCACUCACUCACUCACUCACUCACUCACACACCAGGGUGGCCUACCUGGGCACUGCUGCUGCUGACCUCUGCCUCUGUGACCUCUCACCUUGACCUCACCACUGUCCGCCGCCUGCUCCGGCGCCUGCUCCGGCGCCUGCUCCGGAUUGGCUGCGGGGAGCGGCAGGGCUGAACUGUGGUUGGUCAAUUCAGGAAAGGAGGGGGGUGGGAGGAAAAUCCCAGGUGCAAAAAAAACAACAAAAAAGUAUAUAAAUAGAUAUAUUAUUGAGAAACGACGAAUAGAAAAUGUAUAAAGAAAAAGAAGAUGAUAUAAUGUGAGAUGGGAUGCUUACACCCAGUGCUUUAUGGGAAAUGUAGUUUGAGGAUGUUUGUAGUCGUCUGCAGGAGGCAGAGACGACCGAUUUUCAAAGAGAGACGUGUGUCAGUGGUGAACAGACCGCCCUCUCAGAAUGCAUUUAUCUUAGUAUUGUUAAUGUUAUUUAUUUUAUAUUUUGUUAAAACUGUGAUUUUAAUUGUACAUAUAUAAACGGAAACUCUUGAACAUCCAA